AGAAGCAAUAACCAAUUACCCCCUUUUCAUAAACCCUAGCAAGUAAAAACCGUUCCUUUUCGUUUCUAUUCUCUGUGCUUCCAAAACCCUAACUAAACUCGCGUGGUAGCUCCAAUGGGGGGAAAGAGGAGGAAGAGCGAUGAUGAUGAUGACGUGGAAGCUGAGGCUUCAGCUUCAGGUUGGAAGAAGAAAACGAGAACGACGGAGAAGGAGGAGAAGGAGAAGAAGGAGCCAUUGCGUCCUUCGAUGAUAAAGAACAAGGAGAAGCGAUCGGAGCUGCACGCCAAGCUGAAGCAGCAGAAGAAGCUCGACAAGCGCGCCAAGGCCAAGGCUCGAGACGCUGCUCUCAAGAGAGCUCUCGACCUCGGCGAGGAGCCUCCGGAGAAGAAGGUUCCUCGCACCAUCGAGAACACGAGGGAACUCGACGAGACCGUUUGCAAGCCCGACGAUGAUGAGUUAUUUGCUGGAAAUGAUGCUGAUGAAUUCGGUUCAAUUUUGAAUCAACAACAAACUCCCAAGAUAUUAAUCACCACUUGCCGCUUCCAUUCUACUAGGGGACCUGCCUUUAUAUCGGAGUUGCUUUCAGUUAUACCAAAUGCACAUUACUUCAAGAGAGGAACAUAUGAUCUGAAAAAGAUUGUAGAAUAUGCAAAGAAGAAGGACUUCACCUCUGUUAUAGUUGUUCACACCAAUCGUAGGGAACCAGAUGCUCUUUUAAUUAUUGGUGUACCCGAUGGGCCGACUGCUCAUUUCAAGCUCUCAAAGCUUGUUUUGCGCAAGGAUAUCAAGAAUCAUGGAAAUCCAACCGGUCACAAGCCUGAGCUUGUAUUGAAUAACUUCACAACACGUCUAGGGCAUCGAGUUGGAAGGUUGAUACAGUCACUUUUUCCACAAGAUCCAGAAUUUAAAGGCCGGCGAGUAGUCACUUUCCACAACCAGAGAGACUUCAUAUUCUUCCGGCAUCAUCGGUACAUUUUUGAAACCAAAGAAGUUAAAAAAACAGAGUCUAAAGGUAAAAAGGACAAAGAAGGCAAGAGUGAGAAUGUUCCCGAACAGAAAACAAUUGCCCGACUUCAGGAAUGUGGCCCUCGUUUCACAUUAAAGUUGAUUAGCCUGCAGCAUGGAACAUUUGACACUAAGGGUGGGGAAUAUGAGUGGGUUCACAAGCCGGAAAUGGACACAAGCCGAAGGAGGUUCUUCCUAUGACUUGUUUGGGAAGGUUGCAUUUUAGACAUCAUUAUUAUCCGGCGAAGAGGGUUAAUUAAUCAUCUUGAGGUUGUUAAGAUCCUUCAACUUAAUUCUGGUGUAUCAUUUUUUUCUUUUCCUUUUUUUUUUCAUUGGGUGCUAAAGUCCUAUCAUUGGGGCUAAAGUCCCAUCAUCUCUGUAAGCCAGUGAGCAAUUUUGACCUUACAUCUAUUGGUGGUUGGGAAAGAGAUAACAAAUUUGCAAGGUUUCAUAUAAGCAAUUAUAUAAUUUGUUGACUUGAGAUGGAAUGCUUCUAUAGCUGUCUCUUUCUAUUA